CGGGGCCAUGAGUCGGGGUGCGCGGCGGGGCGGCGGCGGCCGGCCGGCUCUGCCCGCCGUGGACGAAAUGGAGGUCGAAGAUUUGAAUGGCGGCGGACUGACGAUCACCUCUAUUAUGAACAAAGUGAGAGAUCUCAAAAACAAAUUUAAAAAUGAAGACCUCACUGACGAGCUCAAUUCGACUAAGAUCUCUACCGAUACCACAGAUAAUUCAGGGACUGUUAACCAAAUUAUGAUGACUGCCAACAACCCAGAGGAUUGGUUAAAUUUCUUGCUCAAAGUAGAGAAAAACGGGGUCCUUCAGAAUGACAGUUUGCUAAAUAAACUGAUUGGCCGUUAUAGUCAAGCAAUUGGAGCGCUUCCUCCGGAGAAGUAUGGUCAGAAUGAGAGUUUUGCCCGUAUUCAAGUGAGAUUCGCCGAGCUGAAAGCAAUUCAAGAGCCGGAUGAUGCCCGUGACCACUUUCAGAUGGCCAAAGCAAACUGCAAGAAGUUUGCUUUCGUACACAUCUCUUUUGCCCAGUUUGAACUCUCUCAGGGAAAUUUCAAAAAAAGUAAACAACUUCUUCAGAAAGCGAUGGAAUGUGGUGCAGUCCCCCAAGAGAUGUUGGAAGUGGCCAUGCAGAAUCUGAAGUUGGGAAAACGGCAGUUGCUUUCUGAGGAGGAAAAGGAGAAUUUUUCUGUCUCUUCGACUUUACCCUCGCAAGAGUCAUUUCCAAACCCACUUGGACAGUUACAGAGCAGGAGCGUAAGCCGUGAUUCCGGAGGACUCUCCACAAACGGAGCCAGAUUCCUGAAUGGGGAGAACAUAUCUCCUCAAGAUGUCGAUAAAGGGUUGAGUAAUCAAAAUCUCUUGAAGCCAUUCAGCAAGCCUAAACUGGCAUGUCCAUUUGGGAGGGUCCCAGUUAAACUGUUGAAUAGCCCAACUGACACAGUGAGAACGGAUGGUCCGGUUGCUCCAAGUUUUACAAAAAGGCAAACGACUGGAGCAGAGUGUUCAAACACAGCCUCCCGCGAACCCAAACCAAGCGGUGUGGAUUCUUACGAUCUGAGAAAUUUGAAGGUAUCGGAUGAAAAGAGUUCGGAAACUACUGAUGACUCAACUUUAACACUAAAAAAUAAAAUUGAAGCACGUCUUCCAGUUAAAAGAGAAACGAAAACCCCGCAGCCUGAACAUAAGCCGGCCGAAAGCAACCAGAAGCAGAGGCAGCCUGAUUUUCCUGGGAGUAGUCGAAAAUCCGAGUCCUUGAACCCAAACCCUGUUGCGUUUCCAAAUAAAUGGCGUGUCCCAGAAGUGCCCCUGAAGAGCGGCCUAGAGCACAAAUGUCCCGGUUUCGAGCCUCCAGCCGGGCCUAUUUCAAAACGGACACCACCCUCCGAAGCGGUUCCAACAAAGCAGGAGUCCAAGCUCACUUGCAGCACACCGAGUAGUCAAACAGUGGAUGACUAUAUGGCCUGUUUUCGAACUCCAGUGGUGAAGAGCAUCUUCCCUUCGGGGGGCCUGGUUUCCACCCCUUUCAAGCAGCCUUCCCUCCUCCAGACCCAGACCCCAGUGACUCCAUUCCAGAGUUUUCAGGUUCCACCAUCAUUUUCAUCAAAUGAAUGCAUUACAGUGAAAGGAAGAGUGUAUUCGAUAUUGAAACAAAUAGGAAGUGGAGGUUCAAGUAAGGUAUUUCAAGUCUUGAAUGACAAGAAGCAGAUAUACGCAAUCAAACACGUGAAUUUAGAAGAAGCAGAUCAUCAAACAAUCGAGAGCUAUCAGAAUGAAAUUGCUCACUUGAAGAAACUACAACCCCAUAGCGACAAGAUCAUCCGCCUUUAUGACUUUGAAAUCACUGACCAACACAUCUACAUGGUAAUGGAAUGUGGAAAUAUUGACCUGAAUAGUUGGCUUAGAAAGAAAAAGACAAUCAACACCUGGGAACGGAAGAGCUACUGGGAAAAUAUGUUGGAAGCUGUUCACACGAUCCACCAGCACGGUAUCGUACACAGCGAUCUAAAGCCGGCUAACUUUCUGAUAGUCGAUGGAAUGUUAAAGCUCAUCGAUUUUGGCAUUGCAAACCAAAUGCAGCCAGAUGUGACUAGCAUCGUUAAGGAUUCCCAGGUCGGCACUGUGAAUUACAUGCCUCCAGAGGCAAUCAAAGAUAUGUCUUCUUCCCGGGAGGCUGGGAAAUCCAAAUCAAAGAUCAGCCCCAAAAGUGACGUCUGGUCGUUGGGGUGCAUUCUCUACUGUAUGACGUACGGGAAGACUCCGUUUCAGCAUAUAACCAAUCAGAUCACUAAAUUGCACGCUAUAAUCGAUCCCAAUUAUGAAAUAGAGUUUCCUGAUAUUGCAGAAAAAGAUCUGCAGGACGUACUAAAGCGUUGUUUGAUUAGAAAUCCUAAAGACCGAAUAUCAAUUCCUGAACUCCUGACCCAUCCUUAUGUUCACAUUCAAACGCAGCCCCAGCCAGACGGUCACAUCUCUCAGGAGACGUCCGAGGAAAUGAAACGUGUUCUGGGCCAGCUCGUCGGUCUGAAUUCUCCUAACUCUGUUUUAAGAGCAGCCAAGACUUUAUACGAGCAGUGCAACCGCAGGGAAAGCCACGAUGCCUCUUCACUGGGAAAACGCUCGGACCAGAAGUGGAAAAACAAGUGAAUUGCUACUCCAGGUGUCCUGGAACUGGAAAAGCACGGUGGUAAACGUACGUCGUGUCACUUGAUCGUCCUUGGAGAAAUCUGAACAAAAUCCACGUUUUUAAGAGCAACCACUAAGGUCAUUUUGUGUUAUCGAGUUGUUGAAUUGUUGCUAUCCCUUGGUUUUGUGCUUUUAUAACGGCCUUGUGCUGUUAUUUGAAACUCAGAGAGUUUGUGUAGUGGGAAAUGUAACGAAUAUUUGUUAAAAUU